AUUUACUUGCAAAUCUAAAAGCUGACAACUUGACAGAAAAGGAGAAGUUUUUUGCAUUGGACCAUUUAAUGCGUAAUCCCAUUUUCACCUCUUCCUCAUUAAACCAUAGCCAAAUGUAAUACAUAAUUGAAUGUGCUAGCAUACCCAAUAUAAAAGAAGAAAGAAAGAAAAAAAAAGAAAACUCCCUACUCAUACAUUGCUCAUCUACUCCUUCCUCUCUCUUUAACGCCUAUAUAUAUAUUGAGAGAGAGAGAGAGUGAGAGAGGUUAGUACUUUCUAGCAGGUCCAUUCUUCCAUUUAAAUUCUUAUUCUCUUCACUCGAGUGGGUUUGUAAAGCAAAUUCACAAAUGGGUUUUGGGAUUCAGAGGGAUCCCUCUGUUUUCUUCAAGCUCUCUCUUCUUCUACUUUUGUUCGUUCCUUAUCAUGGCCAUGGCCUAACCGAGACCACGAAAAGAAGAGGCAAAAGUGGUCGUAAGAGUAGCAGUAACCAGUGUGAUUUUUACAAAGGGAGUUGGGUUUUUGACCAAUCUUAUCCUCUUUACGACCCAUCUGUUUGCCCUUUUAUUGAGCACGAGUUCACCUGCCGGAGGAAUGGCCGUCCCGAUCAGAUUUACACAAAGUUCAGAUGGCAGCCACAAGGCUGCUCCUUGGUAAGAUUUGAUGGAAAGGAUUUCUUGGAAAGGUUAAGAGGAAAGAGCAUUAUGUUUGUUGGAGAUUCUCUAAGCCGAAACCAAUGGCAGUCACUCACGUGCUUGCUCCACUCUGCUGUACCAAAUGCCAAAUACACCAUUUCCAGAGUUGAUGAUGUGUCCACAUUUGAGAUUACAGAUUAUGGAGUCAAAGUAAUGCUUGACCGAAAUGUUUAUUUGGUGGAUGUUGUGAAAGAGAAAAUCGGUAGAGUAUUGAAAUUGGAUUCAAUUGAGGGAAGCAAGCUAUGGCAGGGAAUUGACAUGCUUAUUUUCAACACAUGGCAUUGGUGGAACCGUAGGGGUCCCAGUCAGCCGUGGGACUAUAUUCAAGUAGGGCAGCAGGUCAGUAAAGACAUGGAUCGUAUGCUCGCUUUCCAGAGAGCACUCAACACAUGGGCAGGAUGGGUUGAUGCAAAAGUUAAUUUUACUAAAACUAAGGUUUUCUUUCAAGGGAUUUCUCCAUCUCAUUACAAUGGCACACUUUGGAACGAACCAAAGGCAAAGAGCUGUAAAGGAGAGACACUGCCGUUGAGGGGUUCAACGUACCCGGGUGGUCUGCCACCGGCUCUGUUUGUGGUAAAGGACGUGUUGAGCAGAAUGAGGAAGCCUGUGACACUGCUCGACAUCACCAACCUGUCACUCUUACGUAAAGAUGGUCACCCUUCUAUCUAUGGCUUUGGAGGUCCCACUGCCAUGGAUUGCAGCCAUUGGUGUCUUGCUGGAGUCCCUGAUACUUGGAACGAGAUUCUUUACAAUUUGAUUCUUUGAAGAAAAAAUAAAUGCAUACAUAAAUUUAUCAUUGAUCAAUAAUAAUAAAUAAUAAUGAUGAUGUCCUUAUUGGAAUCAUAUGAUACAUACAAUAUAUAUAUAAUGAAAAAUCUCAACAUAUUUCUCAUUUUUUAAAUCAUGAAAAAUAAGGUUAUAGUAAUGAAUGAUGACAUAUUUUUUCAGC